AUGGACGCUGCUGCGAAGCAGCUCGGGCCCAUUGCGCAAAUCAGGAUCAGCUUCCUGUACACUUUGGUGAUCGUCACAGACUACCAAGAGACGGAAUCCAUCCUUCAAGUCAGACACGCCGAUUUUGACCGAGCCGAAGCCAAUGCUCGCUUCUUUCGACAACUGCUCCCAACCGGUCAGAUCUCGCAGAUCACUGGGCCUAUGUGGAAGCAUCACAGACGGAUCAUCGGUCCAGCGAUGACGAGCAAACACCUGUCACUGACCACACCGAGGGCGAAUGAGGCGGUGAUGAACUUGAUUGAGCUAUUCAAGCUGAAAGCGAGUAAGGCGGGCGGGAGAAGCUUUGAAUCUGAAGGAGACAUGACGAGUGCAACUAUGGAUGCUAUCUGCGGGAUGGCGUUUGGUUCGUCUUGGCAUAUCCUCGGCGGGAUCAAGGAGCAGAUUCAGAUGCUCGAGUCUGCCCCCACUGGUCAUCUUGGUGAUGCGGUCUUCAGGACCACCAGACCAGAUAUAGCCGAUGCCACAUGGUAUAUCUUCGAGGCGGUUCCCAUCACUGUACCAUUCCCCGCCAUCAUCGACUUCUUCACCUCCCUCUCCCCUACCUACCGCCGGCACAGUCGCACCGUCCGGUCUUACCUAAAGAGCAGACUCGACGAGAGUCGCGAAAAGAUCAAAGCGAUCGGUUCCGAAGCUGCGAUGGAUCUCGUGGAUAAUACGCUUGAUAUGAUGGUAGCAAGGGAGUCUAGGGCGGAGGACUGGAUGCCGGACAAUGAGAUGAUAGACGAAGUACUCCAAUACCUUGUGGCGGGUACGGAGACAUCUGGUGCUACGCUCACUUGGUUCCUCAAGUAUAUGACAAACAGUCCCUCGAUCCAGCGCAAGCUGCGUGAUCAUAUCAUCGCACGUAAGCCGCAACUGCAAGACCGUCAGCCUACCUUCGAGGAUCUCAACGCCGCAACCCUGCCAUACCUCGAAGCGGUUGUCUACGAGACGCUACGUCUUUCGCGCACAGCCGGAGGUUAUGCUCGGGAGGCAAAGAAGGACGUGACCGUGCUCGGCCACCGUAUUCCUAAAGGCACCACUGUCGUCUUCACCACGGCCACGGGGACCGAGGACCUCUCGACCCCGACCGCUGCCCCGUAUCUCCCCAAUGCGGCCCCGGCUGGUACCGACGCGCUCAUCCGCCAGACCGAAGCUCUCGCGGACGUCAGGUACGACCCGUCCGCCGCGCGCAAGAUCGGCUAUUGGGCAGCGGGGACCGGCCACCUGUUCGACCCGGAGCGGUGGAUGACUUCGAAAGGAGAGUUUGACCCUUACGCAGGACCAAGUAUGCCUUUUGGUCUAGGUCAACGGGGAUGUUUCGGGAAGAACUUGGCUGUGCUUGAGAUGCGGCUGUUCAUGGCGCAGUUGAGCCUCGCAUUCUUCUUCGGCCCGGUCCCGGAGACAAUGAACUCGACGGAGUUCUUCGAGACAGUGGCGAACCAUCCUCGCCAGAGCUAUAUACGGCCUAUGAGCUGGGAGUGCGCCGAGGCACAGGCGCAGGUGUUGGCUUAG